GUACAAAAUGUCAAAAAUUAGAAGGAAGGUUACAGUGGAAAAUACCAAGACUAUAUCUGAUAGCACAUCCCGAAGACCCAGUGUAUUUGAGAGGCUUGGACCCAGCACUGGCAGUACAGCAGAGACACAGUGCCGGAACUGGCUGAAGACUGGCAACUGCCUCUAUGGAAACACGUGUAGAUUUGUACAUGGCCCUUCUCCACGUGGUAAAGGUUAUAGCAGCAAUUAUAGAAGGUCACCAGAAAGACCUACAGGAGAUCUUAGAGAAAGAAUGAAGAACAAGCGCCAAGAUGUGGAUCCUGAGUCUCAGAAACGAAAUACAGAGGACUCAUCUUCACCUGUUAGGAAAGAAUCUUCAAGAGGCAGACAUAGAGAAAAGGAAGACAUAAAAAUCACUAAGGAGAGAACUCCAGAAAGUGAAGAAGAAAAUGUAGAAUGGGAAACAACUAGAGAUGAUUCUGACAAUGGAGAUAUUAAUUAUGAUUAUGUUCAUGAGUUAUCACUGGAAAUGAAGCGUCAGAAAAUACAGAGGGAAUUAAUGAAGUUGGAACAAGAAAAUAUGGAGAAGCGAGAAGAAAUUAUUAUUAAAAAGGAGGUAUCACCUGAAAUGCUUAGAUCAAAAUUGUCUCCAUCACCUUCUCUAAGGAAGUCUAGCAAAUCUCCAAAGAGAAAAUCAAGCCCCAAAUCAUCAUCAUCUGCUAACAAGAAAGACAGAAAAACUACUGCAGUAUCUUCUCCCUUGUUGGACCAGCAGAGGAAUUCAAAAAGCAAUCAGAGUAAAAAAAAAGGACCUCGAACUCCUAGUCCACCCCCACCUAUACCAGACGAUAUUGCUCUAGGGAAGAAAUACAAAGAAAAGUAUAAAAUAAAAGAUAGAAUAGAAGAAAAAACAAGAGAUGGAAAGGACAGAGGACGAGACUUUGAAAGACAAAGAGAAAAAAGAGACAAGCCAAGGUCUACUUCACCUGUAGGGCAGCAUCAUUCGCCUCUGUCUUCUAGACAUCACUCCUCUUCCUCACAAUCAGGAUCAUCUAUUCAAAGACAUUCUCCUUCUCCUCGUCGAAAAAGAACGCCUUCACCAUCUUAUCAGAGGACAAUAACUCCGCCAUUACGACGUUCAGCUUCUCCUUAUCCUUCACGUUCUUUGUCUUCACCAAGAAAGCAAAGUCCCCCAAGACAUCGCUCUCCAAUGCGAGAGAAAGGGAGGCAUGAUCAUGAACGGACUUCACAGUCUCAUGAUCGACGACAUGAACGGAGAGAAGAGACUAGAGGCAAAAGAGAUAGAGAAAAAGAUGCACGAGAAGAACGAGAAUAUGAACAGGAGCAGAGCUCUUCUAGAGAACACAGAGAUGACAGAGAUCCUCGAGAUGCUCGGGAUCGAAGAGAUACCAGAGAUACUAGAGACCGAAGGGAAGUAAGAGACUCCAGGGAUAUUCGGGACUCCAGGGAAAUGAGAGACUACAGAGACAACAAAGAGAGCCGUGAUCUCAGAGAUUCUCGCUCUACUCGUGAUGCUCAUGACUACAGGGAACGUGAAAGUCGUGAUACGCACCGAAAGGAGGACACCUAUCAGGAAGAAUCCCGGAGUUAUGGCAGAAACCAUCUGAGAGAAGAAAGUUCUCGAACUGAAAUGAGAAAUGAUUCCAGAAGUGAGUCUCGAGGUGAAAUUAGGAAUGACCGGAUAGGCAGAAGUAGGGGAAGAGUUCCAGAGUUACCUGAAAAGGGAAGCCGAAGCACAAGAAGUUCUCAAAUUGAUAGUCACAGUAGUAGCAACUAUCAUGAUACCUGGGAAACUCGAAGUAGUUAUCCUGAACGAGACAGAUACCCUGAAAGAGACAGCCGGGACCAAGCAAGGGAUUCUUCCUUUGAGAGAAGACAUGGAGAGAGAGACCGUCGUGACAACAGAGAAAGAGAUCAAAGACCAAGCUCACCAAUUCGCCAUCAGGGAAGGAAUGACGAGCUUGAGCGUGAUGAAAGAAGAGAGGAACGAAGAGUAGACAGAGUAGAUGAUAGAAGAGAUGAGAGGGCUAGAGAAGAGAUCGGGAAACGAGAAAGAGAUAGAGAACGAGAGCGAGAAAGGGAAAGGGAACGGGAAAGAGAGAAAGAGAGAGAACUAGAAAGAGAGCGUGCUAGGGAACGGGAGAGAGAAAGAGAGAAGGAGAGAGACCGUGAAAGAGAGAGAGAGCGAGACCAUGAUCGAGAGAGGGAACGUGAAAGGGAGAGGGAGAGGGAAAAGGAACGGGAAAGAGAAAGAGAAGAAAGAGAGAGGGAGAGAGAGAGAGAAAGGGAAAGAGAGCGGGAGCGGGAGAGGGAACGAGAAAGAGCAAGAGAAAGGGAAAAAGAACGAGAGCGUCAGAGGGAUUGGGAAGAGAAAGAGAAAGGACGAGAUGACCGCAGAGAGAAGCGAGAAGAUAUCCGAGAAGACAGGAUUCCAAGAGAUGGACAUGAUGAGAGAAAAUCAAAGAAGCGUUAUAGAAAUGAAGGGAGUGCUAGCCCUCGUCAGUCACCUAAGCGCCGGCGAGAACAUUCUCCUGACAGUGACACCUAUAACAGUGGAGAUGAUAAAAAUGAAAAACAUAGACUCUUGAGCCAGGUUGUACGACCUCAAGAAUCUCGUUCUCUCAGUCCAUCACACCUUACAGAAGACAGGCAGAGUAGAUGGAAAGAAGAAGACCGUAAACAAGAAAGAAAAGAGAGUUCACGACGCUAUGAAGAGCAAGAAAUCAAAGAGAAAGUGUCCUCAAUAGAGAAACAGAGAGAGCAUAUAGAAAUUGCAGAAAUCUCAAGAACACGUACACAAGAUUUGAUAGGACACCAUCCAUCUGAAGAUCGAGAUACAUCUGAACGAGCUCAUGAUGAAAACAAGAAAAAGGUGAAAAUUCAAAAGAAACCUAUUAAGAAAAAGAAAGAUGAUGAUGUUGGCAUAGAGAGGAAUAAUAUAGAGAUAUCUGAAGAUGGGCAAGUGUUUUCACCCAAAAAAGGGCAAAAGAAAAAAAGUAUUGAAAAAAAACGUAAAAGGUCCAAAGGUGAUUCUGAUGUUUCCGAUGAAGAAACAACUCAGCAAAGUAAGAAGAAAAGAGGACCACGGACUCCCCCCAUUACAGCCAAAGAGGAAUUGGUUGACAUGUCCAAUAAUAAGAAUGGCACUAUAGAGGAAUCCCAGAAAAAAGAAGACACAGCAUUUAGUGACUGGUCUGAUGAGGAUGUGCCUGACCGUGCAGAAAUGACAGAAAUAGAUCGUGCUGUCACAGUUGUGACUCCUGGAAGGACUCCUUCUCCAUCUUCUCUUCCUCCACCUCCUCCUCCUGUGGCUAAUUCUUCAAGUUCUUCCACUCUUGCCACUGCAGGUACCACAACCCUUAGCACAUCUGGCACCACCAUAUCCACCUCUUCCAAUACGCCUAGUGCUACUUUAGCCAAUGAAGAUUCACAUAGAAAAUGCCAUAGGACACGGGUAGAAAAAGUAGAGGCAUCUCAUGUUACUAUAGAAGAUGCACCUCAUCGCAAGCCUGUAGAUCAAAAGAGGAGUAGCAGCCUUGGGAGCAAUCGGAGUAAUCGGAGUCAUACAUCUAGUCGUCUACGCUCCCCGUCAAAUGAUUCUGCCCAUCGAAGUGGAGAUGACCAAAGUGGUCGAAAGAGGGUACUGCAUAGUGGCUCAAGAGAUAGAGAAAAAACAAAAAGUCUAGAAAUCACAGGAGAGAGGAAAUCUAGAAUUGAUCAAUUAAAGCGUGGAGAGCCCAGUCGAAGUACUUCUUCAGAUCGCCAGGAUUCAAGAAGCCAUAGUUCAAGAAGAAGUUCUCCUGAGUCAGAUCGACAAGUCCAUUCAAGAUCUGGGUCAUUUGAUAGCAGAGAUAGGCUUCAAGAACGUGAUCGCUAUGAGCAUGAUAGAGAACGGGAGAGAGAGAGGAGAGAUACAAGGCAGAGAGAAUGGGAUCGGGAUACUGAUAAAGAUUGGCCACGGAACAGGGACCGAGAUAGAUUACGAGAACGAGAGAGAGAACGAGACAAAAGGAGGGAUUUGGAAAGGGAAAGAGAGAGACUUAUUCCUGAUUCUGUGGAAAGGGACCGGGAUAGAGAUAGAAGUUUUGAGAAUUCUCAAAUAGAGUCUGUAAAACGCAGUGAAGCAAAACUGGAAAGUGAACAUGAAAGAGACUUAGAUGCCACUUCAAGGGACACUGUUUCUUUGGAUAAAGACAGAAUGGAUACAGGAUCUGCACAGGGAUUUGAAGAUAUAAGUAAAACUGAGAGAGCUGAGAAUAUGGAAGCAGAUGAUGAAUCCAAGUUAGAUGAUACACAUUCUUUAGGCUCUGGAGCUGGAGAAGGAUAUGAGCCCAUUAGUGAUGAUGAAUUAGAUGAAAUUCUGGCAGGUGAUGCUGAAAAGAGGGACGAUCAACAGGAUGAAGAGAAGAUGCCAGAUCCAUUAGAUGUGAUAGAUGUAGAUUGGUCUGGCCCUUAUGCGAAGCAUCCUAAAGAACCCCGAGAACCUGGGGCUGCACUCUUAAAAUUCACCCUGGACGCUGUUAUGCUGCGAGUUGGACUUUCUAAAAGUUGGCAGGUCUCUGAAAUCUUCACCCAAAGUCAAGAACAUGUCACGAGACUUUUAGAAAAACCCAAAGAUGCAGAUAACCUUUUUGAACAUGAAUUGGGAGCACUCAACAUGGCUGCAUUACUACGAAAAGAAGAAAGAGCCAAUCUUCUUAGUAAUCUUGGACCGUGUUGUAAAGCUUUGUGUUUCCGACGGGAUUCUGCCAUUCGAAAGCAGCUUGUUAAAAAUGAGAAGGGUAAUGUAAAACAAGCUUACACCAAUGCUCCAGUGGUGGAUAAUGAAUUGUUACGAUUGAGUCUUCGAUUAUUUAAGAGGAAGACAACUUGCUAUGCCCCAGGACCUGAAAAAAAUGAAAAUAAUAAACUCCCACAGUCUAGUAUCCAACAGGAACUGUGUGUAUCUUAAAACUGAAGUUCAUUGCAUUUUUGAUACUUUCAUCAACAGUGUUCAUUCUCUUUUAAGGUUUUUUGAGUUUGAUGGCAUUAUAGUGACAAAGCAAAAACAAAAUAAAAACAACAAAUGCUAAGAGAGUU